AUCACUUCCGGCUUGGCAGUGGCGGGGCGGAUGGAGGUCCUCGACGGCAGCGCAGCUGGCGCCCGACUUUGUGGAUGGAGUUGGCGAGCUGCUCACAUGGAGCCGGACGCCUCCCGAGAGCCGGCCGCCACCUGGGCCGAUUGGUAGCGCGGUAGACCAGCGCGGGCACGCCAGUGGAGGAAAAGACGCUUGUUGUUGUUGCGCGACACUUUUUCGCCUUGCGAGCGAGCGUCAACAAGUUAAGAUAGCGUCCCGUCCCGUCGUCCCCUCCCCUCCCCUGGCCGCCCCGCCCCCUUUCCAACAGCGUCAAAGUCGCACAGUAGCUUUUUAGUCCUUAUUGCGUCUAAUUAAGUCCGUAUCGGAUGAAUCAGCUCGUAAGGUGGGAUUCGCCCCCGGAUGGACCGGCCCGCGUUUGAAGGGGAAGCGCCGUGAUGUCCGGCCAGCCUUCGGGACCCUCGGCCCGGCCGCGGGGAUGGCGCCAUCUGCCCUAAAGCGCGACGCCCGGCAGCCAUGAGCGGCGGAAAUCGCUUUCACGUCCAGCAAGCUUCCAGCGGCCCACGAGACAGCCGGAGCGGCCGAGCCAUGCCGCGCAUUCCCGACGGGGGCGCCUACUGCCGUGUGCUGCCUGGAAUGCCCUACAGCCCAGCCAGCCCUCAGACCAGCCCUGGCGGGACGGCGCCUCAGACGUUUGUCUUCCCGCUCACGCCCGGCCCCAGCCCUGGCGCUCGCUCUCCGUCGCCGCGGUGCCGGGACCUCCUCGGAGUGGACGUGGGCCGACGGGUCCGACGACUCAGCUCGCCCGGCACCGGCGAGGAAGAGGAGGACUUGUUGGCGGGAGGAGGAGGAGGAGGAGGAGAGAAGCAAGAGGAGCGGAGACGCCAAGCCCAGCUGCUGCAGAUUCACAAAGAGCUGCAGAACGUGGAGGUGAAAGGAAAAGUGGGCAUUUUCGAGGCGCACAUUUCCGGGAUUCGUGCCCAGGUGCUCGCCGGCGAGCUCCAGCGCAGCCCUCGGUGUCCGAGGCGAGCGACGGGGCCAGUCCCGCCCCCUCCCGGCCGUGGCGGGGUAGCCCUGGAAUGCUCAGUGACCCGGGGCCGCCAGAGUCAACUUCCUCCCGUUCUCCAAAAUGGGAGAAAAGGCCAGGAUGAAGAGAGCCAGCGGGAAGAAAGCGGCGCCGCCGCUCACGUCGACGACAGCGCAGAGACAUUGUUUGUUGAAAGCGGCUGCCGUUCGCAACCAAAAUCGGACGGCGCGCUCCUCGUCCCGGGUGACCCGCAGACCUCGCGAGCGCCCUCGGCCCAAGAUGGAGGGAUAAAAGAGGUCGGCGGGUCGAGGGAAAACAAACAAACGCCGGGCGGCGACGGAGGAGGUUCAAAGGCGGGAGAGCUGAGCGCCAGACAGCGGUCGGGUCCCGAGGCGCCGCUACAGUCGACGUGCACGGAAACCGACAUGUGGGACGCUCGGCCGCCCGAGCCCCGGGGCCCCCGCCCGGCGCUGCUUCCUUCCAUCCCCGCCGUGGUCAUCACCGACCACGGGCCGGCGAGCCAAGCUCCGACCCCCGCCGGGGACCCGGCGGGCGCCCCGAGCCCCGGCCCGGCCGCCGCCCUGAGGAAGCUGUCUUCCUCCUCGGCCUCCUCGGCCGGCUUCUCCUCGUCCUGGGAAGAGUCGGAAGAGGAGCUUUCCGACACGGAGAGAGGCGGGCACCUUCUCACGCCGGCGCAGCUCAGCUCUCGUCAGAAAGCGCACAAGUCAUGGAGGAAAAUCAAGAACAUGGUCCACUGGUCGCCGUUCGUCAUGUCCUUCAAGAAGAAAUAUCCCUGGAUACAACUGGCGGGCCACGCUGGGAGCUUCAAGGCGGGAGCCAACGGCCGCAUCUUAAAAAAACACUGCGAGUGCGAGCAGCGCUGUCUGUCCCUGCUGAUGCGGGACGUGCUGUGUCCGUACGUGCCCGGUUACCACGGCGACGUGGAAAAGGACGGACAGAAGUACAAUCAGAUGGAGGACUUGCUGGCCGACUUUGACUCCCCGUGCGUGAUGGACUGCAAGAUGGGGGUGAGGACGUAUCUGGAGGAGGAGCUAACCAAGGCCCGCAAGAAGCCCACGCCGCGACCGGACAUGUACCAAAAGAUGGUGGAGGUGGACCCUGAGGCGCCGACGGCCGAGGAGAACCUGCAGAAGGCGGUCACCAAGCCCCGCUACAUGCAGUGGCGCGAAACCAUCAGCUCUACCGCCACGCUGGGCUUCCGCAUCGAAGGCGUCAAGAAGGAGGACGGCACUGUCAACAGAGACUUUAAGAGGACAAAAACGCGCGAGCAAAUCAUGGCGGCCUUCCACGAGUUUGUCAAAGGCAACAAGGACAUUCUGAACGGCUACCUGGCCAGGCUGAAGGAAAUCAGAAGCACCCUGGAGAUGUCGCCCUUUUUCAAAAGUCACGAGGUGAUCGGCAGCUCCCUGCUCUUCGUCCACGACACCAGAGGCGGGGCCAAAGUGUGGAUGAUCGACUUUGGCAAAACCACGCCGCUCCCCGAGGGCGAGCGGCUCGACCACCGAGCGUCCUGGCAGGAAGGCAACCGGGAGGACGGCUACCUUUCCGGACUGGACUCUCUGGUGGACAUCAUUUCUGCCCUUUUGGACUCUGAAACAUGAGCGCUUUUAUCCAUAUUAUAGUUAUUAUUUAAUCCCUUCUAAAACAAGUCAGUGGCACCCUUUCAUGUGCAGCUUUUAAAAACAGAGUAGCAUGCAGACGCUUGCUUCAAAUUGCUGCAGUCGAACGAAUUCGGUCGAUGAGGAGCAGUAAGGGACACACUGAAAAGAAAACAAUCACAAUUCGUCAUUUCGAAAGAAGCGUCAUAGUCAUCAUGUUUUCUUUGUAUUGUUUUCUUUUUUAGUGUGUUCCGAAUGAUCUCCCAAUUUCUUAAGUCACCCCUGUUCACGUAGUUCACAACUUUGGCGCCCUCAAGCGGAAGGACUAGGAACUCCGGUUCACGUCAAAGAAGCAUGCAAAUGGUGCCUUCAAAACACAAAACGAAGGCUCAAAACGUCUUUGGAUUUCCCGUUCGAGUUUUUGCUAUUAUAGUGUCAACAUUCUAGUGCCACCCGCUUUGCUAUUUUGGGAGAUUUCGAUAAGUGUGUUUGGCUUGGAUCCUACGUCUAAGGUUUGGGGGUUAAAUGAGCAUUCUUGCGAAAGGCUGUGCGUCCCUGUCCUGUUCACCACGGUAGGUAGUAGCUGCCGAACACUCCUACUGAGCAACCUUAUUUCCACGGCGGUGCCUUGACUCUCCUCCCCAUCUCACUUCACCACACGUCUUAUUUCUCUCUGCAGUCUUAAAGGAGUGCAUGUUAACUUCUUAACCUUGUUCGUCUCUAUUUAUAAUACAGUCUAUUUUGUUCGAGCGUA